GCGACUGUGUGUGCAAAACAAGGUGAAUUGUACCACAAAUACUGAUACUGGUGUUUGUCAUCUAGAAGUUAAGCAUUUCAGCGUGUUUUGUUGGGGAAAAAGGCCACACUGUAAAGGAACAGUCAGAAGUGUUAAUUGUAAGGGCUGUCAUUGGACGUAGUUGGAAAUUACCGAAGAGUUACUGAAAAGUGAUUGUUGGCGUUAUUGCCGACCGCCAAUCUACCCUUGACAGCACGGAGUGGGUAAAGGCGAUGAAAAGAACUUCAGUGAAAAAUUCGCAUAGCGGGAUAAUUUGAAACAGAAAAUCGACGAGGUUGUCAAUAGUAACAAAAUAGGGUAAGACGAUCUAGUUGAAUCAUAGCAGUGCGUAGCGGAGACCAGUACAAUUUACCCUAAAUAAUCAUUGUCUACCGAAGCAAGUAAAAAAAACCCUGUGUAAAUCAUCGUGACACGCGAUCGACGAACUGGACACUACGUCAUAUACGCCGUAGCAUUGCGGAUAUUUACGCCAACCAGCGAAUACGGGGUGGAUUUCGACAGGUGGCAUCUUGUCGAGCUCCAAUAGAAGGAUCGCAUUCGACGCAUGUGCCAUAGCUUAAGGAUACCAAGCACUAGUGGUAAUGAUCAGUGACGAGGUUUUCAAAUUGCGUAAGGUCAGAUUAGAGCACUUGCAGGCUCACCCAGGUGUGGCUGUGGAUUGGUGAAGGAGGAUACGCAGGCAGUUCGAGUGUGUCUUAUAAAUGUAGACGUUGGUGUCGCUGGAGCCGUAGUCCCUUUGGACAUUAUUCUUCCCCGUUGAUUUCCGUACCUAAGCUCUCCGGAAUAACAGAAGCUUUAAAGAGUGUGCCAUUCAAGCCAAUCCACCAGAUAACAUAUAACAACAACUCUUGUAUACCUGUUAAUAGCACGCGUUUGAUUUGCGUGUUUGUGAGAGAAAGAUAAAGGGCUUCGGGAAGUGUUCUUUGACAACGCGUCUGUUAGCAUCAGCAUUUGGCUCGCGGAGACUGCACACCCUACUAGAAGACAUCGCCCUAUAGGUACUCUUAUUAGAAGCAACUUGUAUCUCACUGUCACCGGCGCGCUCUAAACUACCGUACUUUGUUAUUGCCUUCGCAGAACAUUGUUACGGCUGCUCCGGGGUGAUUCUUCUCGGGGUUCGAUAGUGCUUCAUUCAUUUGACGUUAACCGGUAGACAUCUGUCUUUUUGAUUGGUGAUGCUAUGAAAAGUGUGCAGGUGAAUCGCAUAGGAAUACACAUACGUCUUGCGGAAAACCUAACAAAAGAGUUUACUCCUUUUUAUAAGACCCAGUUUUUUCAAAAACAAACAAGGUCCUUUUACAGAGCGUAGACGCGCUUUCGAGUUGUAUAAUCACACCACCUAACGCCAUUAAUUUUAGCCUAAAACUCAGUCCCCUGAACAAGCGAACCAUCGCGGACAACUUUGCUUCCCAAUCUGUGUCAAAUCACCCGGUGUUGUCGUUGUUAUUCUGCCGAUUAUUGAUCACGCCCAAUUCUCUCACUAAGACUUGUCCCCGUCCCCGUUCCCGUUCCAGUCCCCCAAAACGCAUUUUCCGCCAAAUCGGGUUUACGUCUUUGGCAACGCCGUGUUGAGGAUAUACGCAGAAUACGUAACUCUUCAUCAUUAUCGUUCGUCGUCAUUGUUGUUGAUGCAGUGCUCUCGUAAUUGAUAAUACAGGCCACGCGUACAUUUAGUGCUAUUGUUGAUAUUGUAUAUUGUGUGUGUGAGACAAGAAGCACAACCGCGACAACAUUUCCUGUGUCAUCAAGACAUUUAAUUGCCUCAGUGAUUCAUCGAUUGAUUCAGCGACGCCUCGUUUGUCGUCAUCAUAUAUACCAACGACCUGAACGUUAUCAUUGGCAUUAUUGUUGUUCGAUCGACUUCUCCGAAACAUGUCUCCUCAACUUAACGCGCUGGCGCUUGUGGCUGCCAUUCUACUAGUUCACAUAGCAGAUCCCAGCGCUGGUCACGAUGGUCAGUCCUUGUAUAUCCAGCCAUCUCGGGCAGAGCAAGCCUACCUGACAGGUCAGUCCUUCUUCGUGACGUGCUUCCUUGGUGCGGACGUUGACCGCCAACAGGUGAUGUGGCGAGAUCCCGAGGGACGGCCAAUCACCGAGAACGAGGGACGCAUCCACGUCUAUCGAAGGAGAGACGAACCCGAAGGAAUCCAACUCGUUGUUGAAGAGGUUCAAAUGGGCGACGCAGGUCUGUACACGUGUUCGACGUUUGCUGGCCCAGAGUCGAGAGACGUAUCAGUGUCAUUUACGUUGUUUGUCUACAGAGCGAUCACGUUCCAAGGUACCAAGGACAUUCAGACCGGCACAGAGGGCGACGAGAAAGCUGUUAUUAGGUGCGAAGCUGACGCCCAUCAUCGAAAACUCGAGUUUUCGUGGCAGCUAAAUGGACGAGCUAUUCGUAAUUUCAAUAAUAAAGGCAACAACGGCAAAUAUAAGGUCGAGGGCCAAGUCCUAACCAUCUACAACGUGGAGACAACCGACGCUGGGAACUACACGUGCUCCGCCUUCAUGGGCACAAAGCACCUCGUUUCCGUCCAAAAAAAAAUGAUUCAGUUUAUCGUGCAAUACCGUCCGCGCUUCAAGGACACAACUCUUGAUACAAGAUACGCUCGAGUCGGAUCGCUAGCCAAAAUCCCAUGUGAAGCGGAAGGCGAGCCUCAGCCUUCGAUCAAAUGGCUGCGUGGUAUGGAGCACCUCUACGCCCGUGAAGACUACACCAUAGUUGGCAACGUUGGGACGUCCGUCCUGAAUAUUGAUGUGCGAGAUCACUCGUACUACGGCGUCUAUACGUGUCAUGCACAGAACGAGCUUGGCCCAAGCGAGAAAGCGAUCGAACUAUUGGAAGGAGGUGCACCAGUUGCGCCUCGGGUCCGAGUUGUCGAGCCUGACAGACCCAAGAAGGACACCAUCGUCCUGCACAUUGAGCACGACGAGGACGACAUGAACAACGAUCUAGCCGUACACACCUUCCGAGUCCAGUACAAGACAGACGAAGGAACCUGGGAGACGGCCCCUUCGGAAGAGUAUCAGUUGAACGCAGACCGCCAUCCGCAAUAUGAGCUGCGGCGUCUCAACACGAACACGAGUUACGUAAUCCGGGUCGCUGCCAAGAACGCCGCCGGCUACUCAGACUUUUCACAGGAACUCUACCACCGCACGCAGAACAUGGACUAUCAGCGGGCUCCAGUGGCUGUUUCGAGUCAAUUGUUUGCCUCAACGCUGCCUCUGUUCUUCCCUUUGAUAUUACUUCGGCAGAGACUUUAAAGCCAAUUGAAGAAGUGAUUUUCUUCACCUCUAUGACAACCAUUUACCAAGUGUAUACCAAUCCGCCGACAGCCGUGAAGUAGCGUAUCAUUUUCAGUUGUCGGCCUCAGUGAACGUAAGAAACACCAGACCAAUCAAUUCAUACAGCUCUAUGAAAAGCUGCGCCCCAGGCCAAAGCAGACCUGGCUAGACUUGGCCAGGGUCAUCAUGCUCUCAUUGGUAAGUGUACGGCGUAUUGAGAAAACCUGUUUUAAGCACGUGCGUGCCAACAGUAGCAUGGCGGGGGUGCGACUGCGGCGGCACUCCAUUCAGGUGAGGGGAGACUAACCUCAUCAGCAAAUAGAUAUGUUAUCUUGGAGAGGGAUCUAAAACAGGGCCUGUCGUCAUGUGGCCUCGACGACACCAAACAAGGAUAAACGAACGUUUGCUUAAACCUGUAGGAGACGUCAGGAGGACUUUGGGAUGAAGGCAUGUGCCACCACGGCAGUGUUGCCCAUUCGUUAAUUUGUUCAUCGACUCUUGCAUUUAUAAAACCUUCCGCCUGAGUAAUCGGGAGCGGGAGCGAAAAUUGAUAAAAAAAAAUAAGGAGCAAAGAGAAAUAAUUACAGGGAGAGCAAGGAAAAAACGUUAGAGGCCUGACAGCCGAACCCCCGAGCAGGUGCACGGCAUUUUAGACCCACUUAAGACUAGGAGACAACGCAAUGCCAACCCGGUGGAUAGCUGGACGGAUCGGCAAUUGAAAGGGCGCGGAAGGAGGGUCCACAGCGCACAUACACACGCCAGAAACGCUGAUGUAAAUCGACCACUUAAAGGCAACCCGGCUGCGACGGGCGGAACGAAAGCUUGAUUUAGGUAGAUUUUGACGGGAGAAAAUAAAAGGUAGAUUGAUUUGGAGAAUCAUUAGAAAUGGGAGCAACGAUGAACAGACUAAGGAGAAGACAGAGAUCCAAAUUAAGUUUGGCGUAUUUGCUUUACCACGCCUUCCACAACAACAAUGUUAUUAACAAUAUCUACGUAAGUUUUACUAGCAUCGCAAUAUCAAACUAAGGUCUAAACUCGUGAUUCCGGUGUUUGGAAACCUAGGAAACCUAACCCAACCUAACCUGAGAAGCGAGAUAAAGAAACGAAAAUUGGUCAUCAAAACAUCGCACUUCUCAUCAUGAUACAACUCUCGAACACAAUCCUGUCGAUGACUGUCAGCUACAACUGCAACUAUGCUAUUAAUUUAUAUAGAAAAAAAAAAAAGGCUAAGGGAAAGCGCCAAACAUUAUAUAUAUAUAUAUCAAUUAUUAUUAUCAGCAGCGGUGGUAACCCCAUAUUUACAAAGGAGCGGCGGGAUAUAGAUAUGUAAACAAAGGUUAUCUAGUAAAUAUUACGGUUGGCCCGCAUAUAAGCGAUGCGCGAAGGAAAUACGACGAGACGAAAAUGAUCAAUACAACGACCGGCUGAAACCGUUACUGGAUUGCAUAAUGUGAUUAACACAUCGACCGCAACAAUGGCAAAAAAUACUUAUAUUAUUACUGAUAAACUAUUGAUAGUGGCAGCAUGACGACAUCAACAGGCACCGACGGAAAGAUCGACAAUACUUGUUGAAGAAUCACUUGUCUUGAUGUUGCUAAUAACGAGGGAAAAGGACCGAUAAUUAAUUGAAAACAACAUAAUGUACUAGGAAAAUUAUAUACACACAUAGGUAUCUCGGUUGAAUUAAAUAACAAUGAAAGCAAAGAAAAGGGGGAGAGUAGCUGUAAGUAUAAGGAAGGUAAUUUCGUAAUAAAGAAUCAACUAAAUCUUUCUAAGCGCACCGAAAAGCACAGACACUUCCUACACAGACAAUGAUACUUACCUAAACCGAAAACGAAUGUUUGUGUGUAUACAGAAAAAGAGCUAACAAUUAAUAAUUAAACAACGCAUAGAGAUAAUAUCACGGAAUAAGCGUCUGUAACAAUCCUCCACGACUUCCACCCAGACCUGCUAUAAGAAUCUCCGACGUCAAAGGCCCUUCCUUUAAACCUGUAGAGACCCCGAAAAACGUCCUUGUACCACUCAUCACCGUAACGCUUACGCCAAACCUUAUCAGAUUCAAUCUUCAUUGUAAAGUAUACUUGGGUAAGAGAAAGAGGAGUAAAAUAGGUGAUAUAACAUAAAUCUAGUACGACUAGAUUUAUAUAUAUAUAUAUAUAUAUAUAUAUAUGAGUCUAGUCGAAUAUUCGUAUUGCCAGAGGUAUAUUUGAGAGGCUGCCUCCGAUUGAACAUGCAACGGUACCCUGUAAGAAAGUAGCGCAGGCAAGGCUCGCAUGACCGGUGACGUCAUUGUACUUACUGCCGCUGUUUGUGCUUAGAGAAAAAGGGAACAACGAGAAACGCCACUCAUCAUGUAAAAAUAAGGGGAACUGAAUCCUCAAGAAUUGUAUGGAGUUGUAUCAUCGCCUAGUCCGGUCACUUGAACGGACUUGUCGUACCCCUCAGACGUGUACGGUGUUGAUUGAUACUAACGAACAAAAACUUCAUUGUAAAUUAUUCAAAGCCGAUUGUAUGAAAAAGGGGCUAUAAACAAGAUGGACAUAAUAACUGGCACUGUUUAAGUAUGGAACGAAUACGAGUGUGUUAGCGUGUUGAACAUGUGCAACAACGAUAUAUACAAUUUAAUGAUGCGAGCCACAUCAGUCUAUAAUAAUAUAAACUUCAUAGCAUGAGCGAUAACAACGCUAGCGGUAUUCGUCGAAGAAACUCACUACUGUGACACAAAGACACCCACGUCAGACGGUGCAAGACUUCGUAAAAUUUAAUUCAACGUUCUCUAUACAUCACGAUUACAAGCCCGAGUGAAAGAUCUGCGUUUGGUCGGUGUAGUCCUGCUUGCUGACUUGUACAUUCGCUCAAAGUACAUACUGGUUCCACCUAAGUCUUGUAGAUUCGCCGGUCAGGCUACGAAAACGAGCAUCCUGCAACGGCCAAACGUCCUUUUCACGCUGGCCGCUUAGGCUUUUGAUCGUUACUAUCGAUCGUCACUUUCUUCGUGAUGUUCUCAUUGUGGUCACUGACCAUUGACAUGAUCCUGCCUUUAAACCGAACUGAAGACCGUUGAAACAUGGACAAAGAGAAACCUUCUACUAGUGCGAUGUUGUAACAUGUCAGUACAUCAAUGUGAGAAUACCCCGACGGCUGACCACAGAUAGGUCCUUUUUCGAUCUAAGGGGUUGGUGCACUGUAGCAAAGACAUCAGAAGCAAUAACUAUGUGCAUAUGAUGAACUACUCUUAUUUUGUUUGCUUUGUGUAAAAGCGAAAGUGGUGGCGUUGAUGAUUGGGUAUUUUGUUCUGAAUGUUGUUUGGAUCUUAUCCUAGACAAUCUUUUUGCGCCGCUGCAACUGGUCUUGCUGUUCGUACACCGUAUUAGACCUAGGCAUUACUGGCGAAUUUUACGACUGUAUAGGUGACGCUCAAUAAAAGCCGGAAAGCAGAACGCACGGGAAAAAUAUGGGGCAUACAGAUGUCCACAGACUGUGAAGCAGUACCAUUCCGCGCAGUGGAGGUAGCAUUUCGGAGAGGGCAACUACAAUAUGAUGGUGUGAAACAAAGUGGGAAGCAAUAUGAAACAAAGAUUUUUGACUAAUAAAGCAUAGGAGGCGCGGCCAAACCACAAAACUGGCAGAUCAUAAUUUGAAAGGGUCAGAUAUAUUCAUAAUCAUUUCGGAUCAAGUGUAUUACCAUUUGUGUCAUCAGCUAGUCAGAAGACUAACUGCAAAUUAAAGAAAUCACGAGAGGGGGGCAAUCGAACAGCCAGAAGAGAAACUGAGCAGACUAGUAUUUUCAGUGGCAAUGAUGUGGCGCGUAGUUAAUCAAGUCACUACCGCUUUUAUUUGUUAGUCAUAGACAGAUUCAUUAUCUUUCAGCAUUGGCUGGGGAGCCGGAGAAUCCUUAGAAGUCCAUUUAUGCUUCGUUCGAUUAGCGUGCCAACCAGAAUAGUCAAGUGGGGCUGAUGUGGACACGCUGCGAGAAAAAGAGGAUGAAAUAACAUAAAAAUAUUGCUGAAAUUUAAUUCAGUCGUUGCCCGUCAGUUUAGCAGGUCCAGCCCUUAGCUGUGUUCAAAGAAACGCUUGACCUUGUUUGAAAUGGGUAUAGAAAGCGAAAAAUACAAUGUGGACGGCACUACGUCCAAAGGCCAUGGAAAGUUUAACUAAGGUUUGUUAAUUGGAAAAAGCAAUCGUAUGUAUUCUGAGUAGCAAAAUCCACCAAUUUACUCGAAACUUCUUUUCAUUAAACUACAAUCUCAAUACAGAGACACGAUGUCUUUUUCAGUCUUUCGCUAUUCGUCCGCUAGGGUACUGUAUAGGUAGUAAUGUCACGAUAACGCUAAUAAUUGCCACGAGUAUCGCACUACGUUAGUACGAUCAUCAGUGAGAUGAAUACUGAAGAUGAGCACAGAUACGAUUCUGGAACUCAUGAUUGAGUACAACGGGUCUUCGAGAAGCUGCGGGUAUAAAAGCGGAAACCAGCGCAGUAAAGCACUGAGCCAGCGAAAAAGACGUAGACUUUUAGCUGGAAUUUGGGCUGGAAAGAGUUAGUAUUUAAAAAAAAAAAAA